AUGUGCACCCGCACCAGGUACCUUAAGGGUGAAUCCUUCCAGAUCGACAUGAUUCAGGACCACAGCAGUAACAGAGUUCUGUCAAGUGGGAACCGACCAGAAAAUGUUCAAUUGUCCAUGCAGUCAGACAGUUCGUCCAUCCUCGUCACGACCCUGUCUCUUCAAAAGGACUUUGCAUCGUUUAGUUCCUCUCCCGAGGCAGGGAAUGACGAACACCAUAACCAUGAAAUAAGUAAGAAAGAAGACAUUGUGAAGGAUGUCAAGAAGCGGGUUCACCAUCUCUCUGCACAAUGUGAAGAAAGGAAGGCAACCAUCGUCAAAGAAAUAAACAUUUGUGAAGAACAUCGAUUGGAACUAGAUUCAUCUGCCAGAGUAGUUCAAAAGGAAAUAAGUGACGCAUUUGACAAGAAAGCUGCCUUUGUACCACGAGAAAAGAGGACACGUCUCUUGAAAAGAGCAAAGUCGCUUCAAGAAUUUCAGAACAGAAAGCUAGACAGUGAUGUUGCCAAGCAUGCUCAAGCGAUUAAAGAGAUCGAUGAACGCUUUUCAGAACUUGAGAACCUUUCUAAAAUGCUCAAAGACGGCUCCACGAUUACCAUUUGUAAUGUGCUGUCAAGUGAUUUGGAAGAACUGCUCACGCAAGAAGCUAGGCUCCAGGACACUACGGAAGCAUUUGAGGAGACCGUAAAGCGUUUGCAAUUUAUUCCCGCCAGCAAGGGAGUCCCAGCACUUGGUACGGUACGAUUACGGCAAGAGGAAAGACUCUUGCGACGUUCGGAUUCACCGGAUACCACUGGUAACAGUUCCUUCACCUUGACUGUCAUACGGGUGAUAUCUCUCUCUAGGUCUGUUCAGGGUAUGACAGCCAUAUCCGAAGACAAAGUCCUGGUAGGGUACGGAUCAAACAAAGACGGUUCUGAGUGUGUCUGUGUGUCUGGUAAGUCAGAACAACAUCUGCCAACUACGGUAGGUGAGGUCUGUGACAUUGCUACACUCACUGAUGGUAGAUCAGUUGUGUCCCAACAAAGUCAUACGCUACGGCUCUUCAAUCCUGAUGGCUCUCCCACAGGUGUUCACUACACAUGCAAGAAUGGCCCUUACUUUCUUCGCAUUUGCAGUGACAAGGAUGACAAUCUGUACGCUGUCAAUGGCAAUCCAGAGAUCUACAUCUUCCGUGCCAAGGACCCGGAUCCAGAUGAAUCAGUGAUACCUACAGGAGACAUCAAGCCAGAACAGAUAUGUGUGAUGAAGAGUGGGGCUAUGGUCGUCACCACCCGGGGUAGCAAACCUGGCGCCGUUACACUCCUCGAUACCAGUGGCCACGUGAUCACGUCCAUCACAGCCAAUCACAGCCAUGAACACCUUUACGCUGCAGUGGAUUCCUUGGAUAGAGUAUUCAUUGCAAAGAACGAUGUGUACUUGCUGGUCUACAUCCUCAACGAGGAAGUGGAUUUGGAAUACAACAACCCAGAAAACAUGCAAACAAGAAGAUUGUUGAAACUUAUGCCUCACUCACCAGACUGCAUGGUAAAGAUAACGAAGGCACUGGUGAGAAUCCAUGUAGCAUCAUCCCAGCUGGUCCCAGGAUCCGACCGGGGUGCAUCCCCCGUCAAGUUCCCGUAG